AUGGCGGCUCCCAUAAUGGAAACAUGUCAUGUCGCAUGUUGUGCAAAUCGAACCCCAAAUGUUCUUUCAUGGGGUCGUGGGGGGCUCAUUGCAUAUGGAACAUGCAAUUCUGUCGCUCUCUAUGACCCACAGGAGAAAGGUGUUGUUGCUGUCCUCAAUGGACACACCGGGAGGGUGAACACAGUCCAGUGGGUCCACAGAGAGGACUGUGGUAGAGAAACUCACCUGGUGUCAGGAGGGUCUGACAGUCAACUGAUUGUGUGGGAGGCCCAAGAUGGAAAGUUUAAACAGUAUGUUGAGUGUGUUGGACAUACUGGACCAGUGUGUGCUGUGGAUGCCAUCCACCUGGACAACAAUAAGCUACUCAUCGCCUCCACAGCCUCCGAUUCCACUGUAAAACUAUGGCUCUACACUGGGAGUAAAGCGGAGUGCACCCAUACCAUAUCCUUUGGGAGCGGGUUUAUGAUGGAUGUCUCGCUAGCGUGGUUGCCAGGCAGCAGAGUUCCCAUACUUGCCUGCGGGGGCGACGAUUGCAGAAUCCAUUUGUAUGCACAGUGCAAUGGACAGUUCAGGAAAGUCCUCUCCUUGCAAGGGCAUGAGGAUUGGAUCCGAGGUGUGGAGUGGGCCUGUGUAGACGGGGAUCUGUUACUGGCCAGCUGUGCUCAGGACUGUCUGAUCCGGGUUUGGAGGCUGGCUGCCAAGUCCAGGACGAAGAGAAACGCGCAGGAAGAACGCACCAUUAGGAUGACUGAAGAUGUCUUUACACUGACACAGAACGAUGCCUCCUCAGCGUUUGCAGUGACGCUAGAGUCAGUCCUUGCCGGCCACGAGAACAAGGUCUAUGGAGUCCACUGGCAGCCCCCUGUCAUCAAAGGUGGCGACCAGCACCAGUCUCUGAGCCUGCUCUCUGCUUCCAUGGACAAGACCAUGAUCCUGUGGGCUCAGGAGGAAGGCUCAGGGGUGUGGGUGGAGCAGGUGCGUGUAGGGGAGGUGGGGGGAAACACACUGGGUUUCUACGGUUGUCAGAUGAGUCCAGACGGAUCCAUGAUCCUGGCCCAUGCCUUCCACGGAGCGCUGCAUCUCUGGACCCAGAGCCACGACAAAGAGGGAGAGUGGAGUCCAGGGGUGGUGAUAUCUGGUCACUUCAACGCGGUUCAGGACCUGAGCUGGGACCCUGAGGGGGAAUUCAUCCUCAGUGUGGGGUCAGACCAGACCACCAGGCUACUAACACCCUGGAAGAGGAAGGACCAAACACAGCCUACCUGGCACGAGAUCUCUCGCCCCCAGAUCCACGGCUAUGACAUGCAGUGUCUGGCCAUGGUGGGCCGCUUCCAGUACGUCUCCGGGGCCGACGAGAAGGUCCUCCGGGUGUUCCGCGCCCCCCGCAACUUUGUGGAGAACUUUGCAAACAUCUCUGGCACGCCUCUGGCGAAACUGCUGGCCUCCAGUGACACUGUAGAUCAACCAGAAGGGGCCAGUACCCCUGCCCUAGGUCUCUCCAACAAGGCUGUGUUUCAAGGUGAUCUUGCUCCCAAGACCAAUGAAGAGGGAACCGGGUUCAACAGUGUUUCUGACCAAUACCAAGAGUCCUACUUCCACCCUCUCACCCUUAAUGAGCCACCUCCAGAGGACCACCUCCUCCAAAACACACUAUGGCCUGAGGUCCAAAAACUGUACGGACAUGGCUUUGAGAUGUUCUGUCUGGCGUCUGACAGUGGGAGGACGGUGGUGGCGUCGGCAUGUAAGGUAGUGUGA